CCUCGUGCUACGCACUUCGGGGAUUGUCAGGGAAUUCCCUGGGUCGUUUCAAGCCGCGCGUCUACUGGUGUUAGGGAAGCCUAGCUGUCCACAAUGGGAAACAUCCACACUGUUGGGCCGAAUGAAGCCCUCAUAGUGUCAGGAGGGUGGUGUGGCUCCCAACAGAAGAGGACCAUUGUCGGCGGCUGGGCGUGGGCGUGGUGGGCGGUCACAGACGUGCAGUCGCUGAGUCUGGAGACGAUGACGCUCAACCCGAUAUGCGAGCAUGUGGAGACGGCCCAGGGCGUGCCCCUGACCGUCACCGGCGUGGCCCAGUGCAAGAUCAUCAAGCAGGACGAGAUAUUGAAGACGGCCUCCGAGCAGUUCCUAGGCAAGACCGUGCACGACAUCCAGCUGACCAUCCUGCAGACGCUCGAGGGACACCUCCGCGCAAUCCUCGGGACGCUGACCGUGGAGGAGAUCUUCAAGGACCGAGACCAGUUCGCGGCGCUGGUGCGCGAGGUGGCCGCGCCCGACGUCGGCCGCAUGGGCAUCGAGAUUCUCAGCUUCACCAUCAAGGACGUGUACGACACCGUCGAGUACCUGUCGUCGCUGGGCCGCACGCGGACGGCGGCCGUGAAGCGCGACGCCAACACGGGCGUGGCCAUGGCCAGCAGGGACGCCGGCAUCCGGGAGGCCGAGUGUGAGCGGGCCGCCAUGGACGUCAAGUACAGCACCGACACCAAGAUCGAGGACAACACCAAGUCGUUCAAGCUGCAGAAGGCCCAGUUUGACCGCGAGGUCAACACAGCGCGCGCCGAGGCCCAGCUCGCCUACGAGCUGCAGGAGGCCAAGGAGAAGCAGAAGAUACGGAACGAGGAGAUCGCCAUCGACAUCAUCGAGCGCAAGAAGCAGAUCGAGGUGGAGGAGCAGGAGAUACAGAGGAAGAACAAGGAGCUGAUGGGCACAGUCAAGCUGCCAGCCGAGGCCGAGAGCUACAAACUGGAGGCGCUGGCCGAGGGAAAACGCUUCCAGACUGUGGAGCUGGCCAGGGCGGAGGCGGAGAACAUCAAGCUGGUGGGCACGUCCGAGGCAGUCUCCAUUGAGGCUGUGGGCCGCGCCGACGCCGAGCGCAUGCGCAUGAAGGCAGCCGCCUACCGCCAGUACGGAGACGCCGCCAUGGUCUCCAUGGUGCUGGAGGCCCUGCCCAAGAUCGCGGCCGAGAUCGCCGCGCCGCUCUCCAAGGUGGACGAGAUGGUGCUGCUGGGCGGCGAGAGCCAGCUGACCUCGGAGCUGACGCGUCUCGUCGGCCAGGUGCCGCCGGCCGUCAGCGCCCUCACCGGGGUCGACCUCUCGAAGGUGCUGAGCCGCGUGCCGGGCGCCGAGGUCAAGGCGUAG